AUGUCUUCUUCUGAAAACGCAACAACAGCUACUCCUUCCGACAAUGCGGCCCCUCGUGCGGAGCUGGAUAUCACAAAGCUCCAUGCGCUUCCCUCCGAACAGCAGGACCUCUACCUUCUCACCUUCACUUCGGACUUGGUACAAUAUAUCUCGGACCUAGAUUCGGCGAGCGUAUCAUCGCAACAGAAGUUCUUGAAGAAGGAACUAUUCAAGAUCUUGGCUCUCUCGUCGCCAACGAUUACUCGUGUUAUCCGCAACAACCUAGGCCGAUCUUUUGGCGCUAUACUUGGCAAAGGGGAUCGGGGGAUACUCUUUGAAACAGUGACCGACCUUCUUGGCAUACUGAAUGCAGGCAAAAAUGAGGCGGAGCUCAAGACGAAGUUCGCCGCGGCUCACUGUUUGGGGGAGGUCUUCGCGGUCGCCGGAGAGAGUGUAUUUGCGCAAUCAGGAAUUGUGGUAUCGGGCUUGCUCAAACUGCUGAAGUCUUCCAGCAACCAUACCGGACUUCGGGGCUCAACUUUUGCGAUUUUGCGCAAGGUUGUGGUGGGCGCUGGAGUUCCCGUUGACGAAGCAACAGCGCGGGAUAUCUGGAAGCAGGCUCGUAAUGCCGCAACCAGUGACAAGUCCACUUUUGUCCAGGUCCACGCAUGUCGCUGUCUCGAGCAGUUGGUGAAAACGACACCUUUCUUCGAUAAUGCGAAUGACUUUGAUCAUUUGAAGACUCUGAUCUGGAAAGUCAUUGACAGCAAUGUUGCGCCUGUCAGACACGCUGCUGCGGCUUGUCUGGCGCAAGCCUUGGUGAAAUUGCACGCCUCAGAUGCACGAGUCACAACCAUUCCCAAGCCUAAGAAGAUGAAGAGACAGUCUAAAAAGCCCGCGCCUAGACCAGGAGAGGACGAAGAUGAGGCUGAAGUUUCCGAGUCCUCGGUUUCCAAAAAAGCAGAGCCUGGUUUAUACUUCCUCCUGCCGGAUCUUCUUCGCCAACUUUCCACUCACUAUAUGAAAAGCACAACUUCCAAUCGCGCACGAGCCGGUAUUGCUGCGUGUUACAAAUAUGUUCUGCGCAGCCUAGGCGACAAGCUUGUCGAAGAGCGCUACGGGCAGAUUGCGAAUCAUCUCCUCUUUGAACUUCUGAACCAUCCAACCGUUACAUACAACCGAUUCCGACUCCUAAUGACACGGAGAUUUGUUAAAGGAAUUCUGGAGGAGACAGUUGGGCGGGAAACUCUACGCGAGAAUAGCCAGCUCAAUGCUGCUAAGUGGUUAAUCAACGAAAUUCUUAAGGACUAUCCUCAGGUCCUCCAGGAGCGCCCCGAACCCAGCAAAUACACACUUGCCAGUGCUCUGAGUGCAUUGUCUUCUUUGAUAUUGUCCCUAGGUUCUGCAUUCGGCUCUCUGGCAGAAGCUUGUCGGGAGGCAUUGCUUCAAGUCCUCCCUCAUCCCAGCUACACCGUUCAAAUCCAUACCGCGCACUGCUUGAGGAACUUUGUUCUUGCUUGCCCGCAUCAGCUCAUAUCAUGUGUGACCAUCUGCUUGAACAGCCUGAGUAGAGAGAUUGGACAGCUUUCUACCCCCCGGCAGGCACCGCGCCGCUGUGUUGGAUACGCCAACGGACUGUCGGCUAUGUUGAGUACUUCUCGGCUGCAACCGCUCUACGGCUCUGUUGAUGUCUUCUCCCGUGUGUUCACUCAGGCGACCGAUCUACUGAAGACGAGCGGCAAAUCAGAGCUUCGGGCAGCGAGUACACAGGUGCAGGUGGCAUGGAUUUUGAUCGGAGGUCUGAUGCCCCUCGGACCAAGUUUCGUGAAAAUCCAUCUGUCCCAAUUGAUGUUACUUUGGAAAAAUGCGCUACCAAAGCAUCUUGGCAAGGAAAAUAUCGCUCAGCGUGGGUAUCUAGAGAUGAGUUUCCUUGCACAUGUACGGGAAUGUGCCUUGGGUUCCUUGUUGGUAUUCAUGGAGUUCAACAGCAAAUUGAUCACAGCGGAUGGUGCGAGAAGAAUCGCUGCUAUGCUACAAAACACGGUGGAAUUUCUCGAUGAUCUUCCGCGGCAGAAGUCUGUUGCAGAUCUUUCGCAACGCCUUCAGCCUUCAUUGCAAUUGCAUGAUCUGGACACAAUGGUCCGGCGACGGGUUCUGCAAUGCUUCUCUAAGCUGAUUGAUGUCCAUCCUCUCAGCCACGCUGAUGUCAUUUCCCAGACUACUCUGUUGAGUCUUUCCAUCUCCUCCUUUGCCGACCCAGAAUACACCCAGCCUGCUCCGCUAGAAAGUUCAAUAGCGGCUGCAACCGCCCAGUUUGAGACUCUCUGGGACCUCUGCGAUAAUUUUGGCUUUGGUGUCACAGGACUAGCACGACAAUAUAUCCGUGUAACCCUCUCAGGCAAACAGGACAAAGACAAUGGUCCUGCUUGGUCAGCUGUCGAUUCAGCAGACCAAGAUAUCGACGACGCCUUGACUUUCCCUAUCUGCCAAGCUAGCGAACAUGAUUCUCUUCUUCUAUACUCUUCGAGAAGUGAAAGAGACAGUGUUUUGGCUGACCCGCAUGCUACCGGGGUCAUCAAUGCUGCGAUUGAACUGUUCGCUGUUGCUAUUCGCUUGUACACCCCUAAGGUACAAGAAAGUACUAUGGAACAGAUUGCAACGUUCCUGUCAUCUCAGAGCCUUCAGCGCAACCCUGGCCGCAAGGCUGCAAUGAUUGUUAACAUUGCGGUUGCAUUACUCCAUGCGCUGAAGGCCACUGCCAAGGACAGUGGCUCGGCGCCAAGCAGGCUCAAUCCUGUUACUGAGAAAGUACUGCAGGAGUUGUUGCAGAAAUUCGUCAUUGACGCAGAUCCAAUUGUCCGAACAAUUGGUGCUGAAGCCCUUGGACGACUCUGUGACAGUGCUGGAAACACACUUAUGACUACUCAGGUCAAUUGGUUGGUCGAUACUAUUGUUGAUAACAGGGAGCCUAAUGCACGUGCGGGCUGUGCUGCAGCCUUGGGAUGCAUUCACGCACAAGUAGGCGGUAUGGCAGCUGGCCUGCACCUCAAGACGAUUGUUGGCGUCUUAAUGUCUCUCUGCAAUGAUCCCCACCCUGUCGUCCAUUUCUGGGCGCUUGGGGGUCUAGAGAGAGUAGCGAAUUCCGCAGGCUUGACCUUUUCGCCAUUUGUUUCCAGCGCGCUCGGGAUGCUUGCUCAGCUAUACAACGCCGAUACUCACAAUGAAGAAGCCGCAAGCUUGGCAACAUCCAACAUCGAAAUGACCUUCCUCACUCCGGUCGUAAUAAGUCGUUGCGUCGAUUCACUGAUCAAUGUCCUCGGUCCUGAUCUUCAAGACAUCACAAAAACACGAAACCUGAUUCUGACGCUCCUGCGGCAAUUUCAACUGGAGGACAAUCCGGCUCUGGUCACUGAAAGCUCCAAGUGCUUAGAUCACAUGUCACUGUACGCACCGGGGUUUGUGGACUUUUCAGGGUUUGUGAGACGUCUCCAAAAUGAAUUGUGUGCAGGCAACCCUUUGAUGAGGGAUGUGGCCAUUCGUGCACUGAGCAAUCUCAUGAAGCGAGAUGCUACUUCAGUCCUUCGAGCAGCUACGCCAAGUCUCGAAGAGCAGAUCUGGCUUGCAUAUGAUGAUACGCCUGAUAACCUGGUCCUGAAAAAUAUGAUUCUGGACUGGCUGCAGCAAACCGCCCUUUCAGAGACCGAGCAAUGGAUUCAGCGUUGCCAGAAUACGGUGACCAAAGCCCGGCUGAAAGUGGAGGACAUCCCGCCGACGUCUGCUGUUAAGACGGCUGUCAAUGACGUGCCAGACGACGAGGUUGCAGGUUUCGCAUCUGCAAUUGCAGGGGCAGGACAGUCGGAGACUGCAAACGAAACUGUUGCCGGUCAGGAGCUGCUGAAAUGGCAGACAAGGAAUUUCGUGAUGAGUUGUCUGAGUCAGCUGUUGGCGACAGUCCAGGAGGCAAUUUUGCCUGAUCAAACAAUUCCUGCUGAACUUGCCCUGCAGCACAAGGCUGGCGAUAUUGUCCGGAUGGCAUUCUCAGCGUCCACUGCAAAUGUCAUAGAGCUGAGAGUGUGGGGGCUGAAGAUUAUCGAUCAAGUUCUCAAGAUGUUCGGCAAAACUCCUGAUCCAGACUUUGCAGAGGCGUCUCUCCUCGAGCAAUACCAAGCCCAGAUCGGAUCGGCGCUUACGCCGGCUUUUGCUGCUGAUUCAUCUCCAGAAUUGGCAUCGGAGGCAAUCAACGUUUCUGCGACUUUUAUCGCAACUGGUAUCGUGACAAAUGUAGAACGGAUGGGCAGGAUCUUGAAAGUCCUGGUUCUCGGGCUGGAAAACUUCUCGAAAAAUCCUGACACGACGGAGUUUGGAGAUCUCAAAGGUCUCAAUUCCAACGCUAAAGUCAUGGUUAAGAUGGCUCUGUUCGCCGCUUGGGCACGGCUACAGAUCGCAAGCAUCGACCAGGAUUAUCUGAACGAGGUCGUUCAACCUUAUCUCGCAACGCUCACCCCGCUGUGGCUCUCUUCUCUCCAAGAAUAUGCUCGGCUGAGAUUCGAACCGGACAUCUCAGGUAGCUUGGGUACUGGCCCACAAAGUACAAACCUAGACGAGGUGUACGCGGCGUUGAACCGGGAAACACUCUUGAAGUUCUACCAAGAUUCCUGGCUGAGCCUAGUCGACGCGGUCGCCGGCCUCGUCGAGAAGGAUAUCGAUUUCGUCUUCGACGCCCUCGACGGAAAGACAACGGAGCCCAAGGACCGAGAGGACGAAAAAGCAAACAUGCCUAACGGGAAAGCGGCGGACAAGAAACAUGAUAUCAACUACCGCGACGAACCUGUAGCAUUCUUCUUCGUACUCUUUGGCUUGGCAUUCGAAGCUCUGGUUGACCAGUCGACGACGCCAUCUCAGCGCUUGGAUAUCCUGCAAGCCCUCAAGAGGAUUCUGCGACCUGUCAUAUCUGGAAAUGCUAUCUAUCAGGAUGCCAUCUUUUCCGAGACGAUGGACGCUUUUGACCGGCUCGCCCUUACUGAGGGAACCCCCAUCCAGACCGUGAUUGUCGAAAUAGCGCGAAACCUCUCACUGGACCACCCAUCAGCCAAGGCUGGAGAUGCGCGCAGCAACCAUCUUUCGGAUGACAUCGAGCAGCUUUUCGAGCUCACGCGAAGUAUCAUCCUUGUUCUGGCUGGGCUGCUACCGAAUCUGCGUGAGAACACUUCUGUGGCCCGAUUUAACGUGACGUCGGAUGACUCUCUGUCGCUGAUUCGCUUAGCCCUUUCAUCUCUGGUCCAAGUUGCCUCCAUUUUUCCCUCCAUCAUCCGUAAUGACCUUAACGCAUGCAUUUUGCACAUCUUUACCACCAUUUUGGCGACCGGACUCUGUCAAGCAGAUGUAGUGCCUCAGGCUCUUCCGACGUUCAAAAACUUUAUCCAUGGCAUCAGCCAUCCCAAGACCUCCGCGUCAGAUGAACCCCAGGAUCUCGCCAUCGUCUCUCACCAGUUGCGCGGUUGUCUCACACGCUUCCUUACGACUUUGACAAUCGCUCAGCGACGGGAGUCCGAGUCAUCCCUACCGUGUGCCAAAAACACACUCCUUGCUAUUACCAUCCUGCUGACAACCGGGGGCCACAUCCUGCCUCCUCAAGAUCCCGCCAUCCCUCGUGUCCUGAACGAGCUCCUAGACUGUCUUCAGGACGUUGGUCUUGCCAAUGUCGCUGCAGGCUGUAUCCGCUCAAUCCUCCUUACCUCCACACCAAGGUCACUAACCGAUGACCUCAUUGCGAGGUAUCUCCUUCCCCGUCUCAUAGCCUUCUUAGUGGGUUGUCCCCUUGACAAAGGGGAGAUUUCAAGCGACCCCGAGAACGCAAGGACAGCCAUUGCACGUACGCUAGUCUCCUACGCCACCAGCACUACCUUUGCCGCAAGUGAACUGCCCACCGCACUCUCCCUGGUUAUGUCCGCACUUCUCGCGCGCGCAAAACGCGAGAGUUAUCCGGUAUACAGAGAAACUGCCGUUCAUCUACUGGAGCUUGCUCGAGCGGAUCAGGCCACGUUCCGAGCUCUUGUAGCCUCGAUGAAGCCGGACCAGAAGAGUCUUCUUGAAGAAAUUCUUCGAAGUUCCGAUCCUGGAACGGGCGUUGGGAGAGCUGAAACAAGCGGUGCACAGUCGGAGGCAUCGCAAAGUAUGCCGAGUAUUGCGCUCAGAUUCGAUUUCUAA